UCACAAGCCAUUGGUAUUUCAGAAGGCGAAGGCUCUACAUUCAUGCUAGGAGGUCCAAAAACUAGGAAGGUAGCGUGAACUAAGACUGGAAUGUCCCCGAAGGUGUAGAGGCUUCACCUGUUUCCCACCACCUGCUCUUUAACCCUACAAAAAAUGCUUAACCCUUAUUUAAUCUGACAGUCAGCAGGGAAUGGCACCAAGCCAGAGGAGUAACACCACGAGUGUCAAACAGCCCCACACAAGCUGAUGGGUCGUGUUGUCAUAUGUCAUCCACCUCACUGGAGAUCAGUGCCUUUCUUGGGGCAUUUGACUUGAAGAAGGCAAGAACAUCCGUGCCCGGUGGCUAUUUCCUGGUAAAAAAAGUAAUCAAACAGAUGCAGAGCCACAAAAUGAGAGCAAUGUCUCAUCGCUGGAGAGAAGUCCAGACCUUUUAGUAUUUCCUGAGCUCCAUCCAGUCUAGAAAGCUACACACAUGAAUAUGUGCUCCAUAUGUCUUGGUGAGAAAUAACUGUCAAUCAAUCUGCGGCACAAAUUAAAUACAUAUUUGUUUAUCAUAGGACGUUACACUGACAUUUGUAUUAAAUGUGCAAUGUGUAUUAAAUGCAAUUUUAUUAUGUCUGAAUAUUAAAAUAUAUAUAGUUCUUUUUUCAAUUAGAGUUGCUGAGUUUGCAGCAAGGAUUAGUCUGGUUACAUGAUAGUAAUCAAUAGCUGUAAUACUUAAAGUGGGUGAUUAAAGCAUAAGGUUUUCAAUUUAUUUCAGUUAGCACUGGCUACAGUAGAUCAUCAAAAUAGUUUUUAUCUACGCCUGAAAACUGAGCACUUGGAUCCUUGCUCACAAUAAAUCAAUGCACUUUUUUUCUGUCACAACAGCAGCACUGUACGUCUCAGCUGCCAAUGCACAGUGGCCAUCAGCCAAGAAGAGCUUGGAUAAUGAGAGGCAGUGUGAGGAUUUCUGCAAGGCUGUGAAGACAAUCUCAUUUUCAGAAUGCAAAUAAUGGACUAACUUUCUUUCCACCUUUGUGUACCUCUGAUUUCUCAGACAACUUUAAACCUCCACGCUACAGGCUUGAUUGAUUCAGCUGUGGUUUAAAGCUUACAGUUGUCUGUUUAUGAGUGUAAUGGUGUAAUUAUAAUGUAGACACACGUAGAAGGUCACAGUAAACCCAAAACGGGGAGUAAAAUGAGAGUGAAUUCAUUAUUGUACUUAUUAUAAAAUAGUUGACUAAACCCAUGCAAUAUUAUCUGUAUAAUCUCUGUUUGGGUGAAUGACAAGCUAAAAUCCUAAGAGCUGGUUUAGAAGCUGCAGUGUUGAUAUGCUCAACUCUGAUAGAUUUUUCUGCAGUCUGGAGAGCUGGCUGCCAAUUCGUUCCACCUCACAGAACCAACUAUUAGUUUCUGCUGGAAUGAACCAAGUGUAUUGUUUAUUGUGAGCCAUGUGCUGCAAAAAAUAAUGAUCUGAAACAGUGGUUUGACUUGUUAGUUAAUCAAUUGCAUUUCAGAAUUAUGAGUUAGAUGUAGAUUGCAAAAUAAAAUUUCCCCCGAAGAUCAACUUACAUUAACCCUUAAAAAAAUGUAAAUAAAUAAAGGGAGAUGGUGCUUUACUAUAGCUUGUCAUUCUACUGCUCCCUUUAGACACAUUCAUGAAAUUUUUUUGAGUGUUGUCCAGAGACAGUGUACAUUUUCACCUUGUGUGAGACAGUAGUGUCCACUGUCUUUAAAUCUUGUCUAGACAGACUGUCAGCCAAUCAUCUGAAACAGUAUUGUUUGUCUAAGAAAGGUUUAAAAACUUCAAGGUUAAAUGCCUGAGCAGUCUCAGCAUCUAUGCACUAGUGAGAAAAGUCAGUGGGGGCAAGCUCCCUUUACUUUACUCCCCAUACUGCAAAGAGACAUACUGCAGUGCAGUGGUACCUAGUGCCACUAGUGCCACUGGUGAUGGAUCUCUAUGCACAGACUUAGGCUGCACAGACAUAUUGGUAUACUGAUUUCACAAUAUUUGUAGAUUAUGUUGGCUAUACUCUAUAAUAAAGGCUGCAUGUUUAUGAAGGAUGGCUAUAAUAAGCUGCUGUGGUAUAAACCACUCUGCUAUGCAUAGCUCUGUUUUUCAAACUAAAUAAACAGACUGAAGAGAACAAUACACUGAGCUUUUUUACUCUGCAAAAAUAAAACAGCAAAUGUCUGUGAUUCAAGCCUGAAGCCAAAUGUUACUCCACAUGUGAUCUACCUCAUAUAAAAAUGCCUCCAGUUUUCAUUUAGCUAAAAAGUCUUUUAUCCAGUUUUUGUAUAUUUGCUUUGGCUGCAUCUGAGUACCAAUCCCACUUAAUGAAGUCUGCUCCUUUGAGACAUCCUGGAAAAAAUCAAGACAAUUCUUGUGAAUUAUAGUUUAAAUUCACUGUUUUGUGGUUUUCUGCAUUUUCCCAGUAUUGAAACAGUAUAGGUGAAGCUGUACAUAUAGCACUAUGAGUUGGUUUAUUGGAUGACCAAACAAUAAAUCCAUGCAAACAAAACUGUGCAAAUUGCAUUUCUUUCAGAACAGUUUCUUCAAUGACUCUAUGCCAUUUUGUAGAAGUUAGAUAAAAAAUGAUCAUGUUACAGAGGCAUGAACUAGAUUAUCUAAUAAGUCCUGGCUGUAUUUUAUUUGUGGCAAGAAGGGGAAACAUUAUUUUGAUAAAACUGCCCUUUAACUUUGCUGUUUUGUUAUUUUAUAUAUUGAGUUUGUUUUUAAUUGUUGCUGAUUAAAACUAUUGCAAGUUUUACAAAGACUCGAGCAAUAUUUUGAAAGUUGUAUUUCAAAAUAACCCUCACAAAUAUGAGUUACUGGCGUCCUUGCGGCGUUGUCGUAUGCAGUGUUAGAGAACAAAAGCUAAAUGCAGCUAAUACACCAGCAUUUCAGUUUUUCAGCACUUAGAUCCUUUUUGUGACCUCUGUCAGAGACAUGGGAGUAGCUUUGACUCGUUUAAGGAGAUCGUUUACCUGCAGCUCACGGCGAGAGGAGUGUCGAAAAGACUUUGGAGAGGAACAUAAACCCCCCACUUCCCUCUCACUUUACACAUAAAUACAUCCAAGCUCACCACCACCUUUCGCGGAAUUGGAAAGGAGGCGCACACCUCAAUAUUUACACGAGAGACAAACACACACAGUCAGACAACGUAGUCACAGCGGCAGGGGGCGCAGCAGAGGGCGCAUUCUGUGGGUUGUGUCAGUUUCCAGCUUUCUGUCAUUCAGUGGCUUUGUGCGUAAAAGUAGAACCACCGGAGUCACCGUGAUGAUUAGAGUCUGGAGUUUACACUCUGCCUGGAUUUGUUUCACAACUCUGGUACGGAUUAACUGAUUUACAUGGCUCAGCAGCAGGUCUCUAGAGGGAAGCCCUGCAUUUCUACCUGGAUUAAUGUUUCGACCAUGAGGAUUGCGCGUUGAUAGGACCUACUACUUAGAGCUUACAGUGAGGCAGCAAAUAACUUCACCAUACACGCGUCAGUAACUAAAAGUACAGUGUACAGCUUUAAGAAACCAGGAAGUAUGAAAGGAGGCUGUGUCUGGACUGUCAGACUGUCUAUGCUGCUAUUGUUACUUUGGUCAGAUCCCCUGGGCAGCCAGCACACAACAGACCACAGAAAGGUUCCUCAGAGGGCAGAGCACCACGAGGAAGUUAGGGCAGAGCAUGGAGAAAUUCAGGGAUCUUGGGGUGUCUGGGGUCCCUGGUCAGCUUGCUCCCGGACCUGUGGAAAAGGAGUACAAGAACAGACUAGGCCGUGCCUACCCGUGUACGCUCCAUCUCAGUACCCCUCCAGAGGGGCUGGUGUUCAGCCUCAUCAACCAGGCCAUAUAGUUUCAGCUCUUCGGCCUACAGUUCCUCUGCACCGCAGCACAGUCAGACCCUACAACAGCAGCAGCCGUGGAGAGCUGAGAAAAGAGAAGGAGAACAGGCCUGGUGGGCGCAGGAGGGUAACAAACAUUAUCCCAGGGAAGUAUGGCUAUGGAAGGGCGCCCUAUGUUACUUCACUGCAGACGGAUACAGGCCAGGGCUCUAAGAUCCCUCGCCCACACAGACACAGACGCUCUGCUGCAGCUAAUUCCCACCACCCCACAGCUAGAGGCCAUGGUAGCCACAGGUUAAACAACCCUAAUGCUUCCAGCAAUCUCCAUCUCUACAGCAGACCCGACAUUAAUGCCAGGACACAGCAUCCCAGAAAUAACCAAGUCUGGGCUCCCCUUUACCAGCCUAGUUCAGCCAACAAGGCUGAGGUCCAACAGGAGCACCAUACAGGCAGCCACAUGUCCAAUCCUAAGCAGCAUCAAGUGAGACCUUACAACCCUCUGCCUUCUUCCUUCUGUGCUGGGGAGCAUGCUCGCUACAGGAUCUGCAACAGUAAUGCCUGUCCCCCAUCCAGCAGGCACAUCCGGGCUGUCCAGUGUUCAUCUUACAACAACCAGCCUUUCAUGGGCAGACUGUACGAGUGGGAACCUUUUAAUGAGGUUCCUAUUGAGCAGCAGUGUGAACUCAACUGCCGGGCCAUAGGGUUCAGGUUCUACGUGCGACAGUCAGAAAGGGUGAUCGACGGGACGCCAUGUGGACAGAAUGAAACUUCUCUCUGUGUGGCAGGAAAGUGUACGAGUCUAGGAUGCGAUGAGUAUCUCGGAUCAGGAAGGGUGGUGGACAAGUGUGGCGUGUGUGGAGGUGACAACUCAACCUGUAGGCUGGUUUCAGGAGUGUUCAAACAUAGUUUAUCCAAGAUCGGCUAUCACAAGAUAGUGGAGAUCCCAGAAGGAGCCACCAAGAUCAAUGUUACUGAGAUGGUGAAGAGCAGAAACUACCUAGCUUUGCGAAGCCGAUCAGGGCGAUCAAUCAUUAAUGGAAACUGGGCAAUUGACCGGCCAGGAAAGUAUGAGGGUGCAGGGACCAUGUUCACCUACCGCCGACCCAAUGAAAUCAGUAGCACAGCUGGGGAAUCCUUUCUCGCUGAAGGCCCCACAAAUGAGAUUCUGGACGUUUAUAUGAUCUUCCAGCAGCCAAAUCCUGGUGUUCACUAUGAGUACAUUCUCCCAUCUGAGAAGCUCGUGAGCCCUCAGCAACCAAGCCGCAGGCCGGAAGGGAAUGCUGUGAAUGGACAGGAUGGAUACGACCAGCAGAAUCAUCAGGAAAACUUUAAUUCAGCUGGCAGUGGAAGAUAUUCGCCUCCUCCCACUGAAAACCAGGUACCCUCCGUACAGCCACCCAGACGUGAGAGAGAAUACAACUGGAAACUGACUGGUGCUACAGAGUGCAGUGCUUCCUGUGGUAAAGGUUUCAGAUAUUCCAUCUUUCAAUGUGUCAACCGGCUGACUCAGGUCCAGGUAUCGGACUCUUUGUGUGACAGCAGCAGCCGACCAAGUCCACAGGAAGAGGCCUGCAACUUGCAGCCCUGCCCAGCAUUCUGGGAUAUUGGAGAAUGGUCAGAGUGCAGCAAAACCUGCGGUCUGGGCAUGCAGCAUCGGCAGGUCUUGUGUCGCCAGGUUUACGCCAACCGCACCCUCAAUGUCCACACGAGCCGCUGUCGACACCUGGAGCGGCCUGAAACUGCCAGUACCUGCCAGCUAAAGAUCUGCAGUGAGUGGCAGAUUCGCUCAGAGUGGACUUCUUGCUCUGUGCCAUGUGGGCUGGGUCAGAGGUCACGAGAGGUACACUGUGUCAGCAAUGUGGGCGACUUUGUUCCUGAUGAGGAGUGCAACAUGAAUCUGCGGCCCAAUGAUGUGGAGAACUGUGAUAUGGGAGCUUGUGCCAAGAGCUGGUUCUACACUGAGUGGGGCAACAGGUGCUCAGCUGAAUGUGGCAUGGGUGUACGGACACGGGGAGUUCUCUGCCUGACCAACCAAAUCAGCAGUCUCCCUCUGGAAGGAUGUGGCAGCGAACGGCCCGCAGACUCUCAGGUCUGCAACAACGGUCCGUGUGAGAAUCGAAUUGAGUGGUUCACAGGACCCUGGAGCCAGUGCUCUGCAGAGUGUGGCACCGGCACCCAGCAGAGGUCAGUGGUGUGUUUGAUGAAGUCAAAUGAAGGAUUCACUGUCAUGCCACCGUAUGAGUGCUCAUCCCUGGACAAACCUCUCAGGCAGCAGAGCUGUAGCCUCAAGGCCUGUGGAGCGAAGUGGUACCACACUGACUGGAGUGCUUGCUCCAAAACAUGUGAAGGAGGUUUCCGUGUGAGAGAGGUGCGCUGUCUGUCUGAUGACAUGCUGUCCAGAGAGGGCUGCGAUGUGCAGUUGAAACCAGAAGAGAAGGAGGACUGCAACCCAGAGCCCUGCAUACCUCUGAUAGAUGAGAACUGCAGAGACAAAUACUUCAACUGCAAUGUGGUGGUCCAGGCUCGCCUCUGCGUGUAUGAUUACUACAAGACAACAUGCUGUGCUUCAUGUUCCCGGGUGGCCCACAAACAGUCGACCUAUCGCCGACAAAGCUAGCGCUCUCUACCAGGGUCACUCCGCUCCAUGGUGGUCCAGAGUCAGUACCCCCUGGAGGCCCUCUGGUCCUGUGGCAGCUGGGAAGAAUAGACUGGCUGGACCUUGCCUAAAAUAGGCACUUGUUGUUUUUGCCAACUGUGGAAAGUGAAGAAGGGACAUUUUUGUUGGUUUAUUUGAAGACAGCUGUUAUGAGGGAAAAAUGGUGUGUGCCAAGAAUCCACUCACUGCAGAUGUCAGCUGUGGUGAGAGGCAUCAGUAUCAAAGUGGAGAAUCUAAAACACUUAAAGGAUUUGAUCUGUGUCUUAUUCAAAGAAUCCCUCUUCUUUGCUUCAGUGGGAACAGUUUGCAGGUACUGUUUACCGACAAUGACUCUUGUGGAUUACUUAUGAAGAGGAGAGCACGAGCUGACUGUGUAACAUGGACCAUAUAUGGUUACACAGCAGAACUCAGAUUUAUGGCAGUUAAUGUAAUCGCACAUGUUGUCAGUUAUUUCGCAUCCACUGCUGACCAAAGAUAUGUAACCUCACCAAACUGCCGACAGUAGCAGAUCACCACCUUUUCCUGAAAAACAAAUACUGUGCACCUUCCCUGCUGCCGAUUGCAUAUAUUUGACUGUUUUCUGGCAAACCAUGUCUUUUUCUCCCUACACAGCUACGAGGUCCAAAAGCAGCCUAUGUAAUAUGUAUGUGUAAAUGUAUGUAUGACAAUGUGAAUGAUAAAAAAAAAUGGUUUUCAGGCUUCUUGGACAGCCCAACACUCUGCCAGUAACUGAAGAGAAAGAAAAAUCUCCCUCUUUAUUUAUUUGUGUGGUUCCCUGUUGUUACAUGAACCACCCGUGGCCUCUUUUUAGCUGUGGUGAUAAAACUUUUGUUGCUUUUAAACUAGUCACAACUUUGAACUCGGUGUAGGCAUUUCACAGCCUGCUGGAUGACAGAAGCAGAUAAUCAGAAAACUUUUGCAUUUUUGGACAGUUGAAACUAACUGUACAUAUUUCUUUAUUUCUAGUGGGAUAUGAUCAUUCCACACUGUAAUUCCUAUGAAAAAAAUAUACUGAAUUAUCUAUAAUAUAUUAUUUACAUUUGACUCUAAAGAGAAAUCAUUUCAGUGUUUUACAGUUCUUGAUAUGGUGAUGCAUACAUCUGGUUUGCAUUUAUAGUAAAUCCUUAUUAGUGACCAAUCUUUUUCUACCAUAAAACAGCCAUUUUCAGUUUUAUACAAAAGUGCACACAGUACCUCUGAAAUGCUCGGCUCUUGUUGUAAAAGCUAUUAUUGUUUCCCUCCAAGAAAGAUUAACUUACCUCUGAUUCAUAAGUACUGUAUCCAGAUAUUUUGCAGAUAUUUUCCUCUAUCAGAGAAAUAACUAUUUUGAAGUGCCAACAUGAUGGCAUGAUUUUUUUAAAAUCUUAAUUCAAUCAUGAAACAACUGAAUUAAGUAUUCAAUAUAUGACUGCAACUAAUAAAACAUCUGUAUUUGCUUUAUUUGAGAUCCCAGCUGUUCCGAUGUUAAUUUUCUUGAGGAAAUUUUCUCUAAUAGGCAGUAGACUUUUCAGCAGCUUUUCCUUGUGAAUCAGUUUCACAUCACAUUGUGCAUUCUUUUUUUGCAGCAGUUAGAGUUUGGCAUGUAGACCCUGAGCUCAGCACUCCCAACAAAUAUAAUCAGCACAGCACAGAAAUUGUGGUAGAUCCUGGAGUGAUGGAGAAGGAGCAAUGCACUAAUUACUUAUAGUCUUUCCUAUGAAGAUAUUAACACUUUAAAACAUUGAGCUUAAGCAUAAGCAUUGAACUUGCAAAAGUGUUUUUGUUUUGUUUCUGGUCGAUUGAAAAGAUUAACAGGUUUAAACUAAUGACAUUUCACUCUGCCAUCUAAUCUGUAUUUAUUGUAUUACUGUAAAUAAAAUUAGUGAAGCAAAUUAUUGCUCACAAUAUGAGCCAUUAAUAUAUCCACUGACUUAGCCCUGGUUCACAGCAUUUUUCUUCUGCUAGUACGCAUUCAGUAACUCCAGUGGAGCGACAGCGUUUCUGUAUUUAGCUGUCGAAAUUGUGGAAGUGUGCAAAAAUCACCACAGAAUGAAACCAUCUGUAUUCAGAGCUCAAACAACAUCUAAUCUUCCCCUCACUCCUGCCCUCAUCAUGAACUUCUUCCUGCAGCUUGACCCCUUUUUAUUGCCCUCUCACUUCUGCACCAAUCUUUUCUCUAUUAUUGAUGACACAUCAAAAUUCCAGGAACAGAAAAGUGCUUUCAUCCUCUACUGUCUUGAGACAUUGGCUGUUAGAGGAAUAUUUACAGACUACAUGUUGUGAUGCAGACAACCAUAGAAUUGUGUUCUGUUCUAACCUCAGGGUAGCCUCCUACGUCUUGCACAUUGGCGGUCAGUAGGUGUCUUAGACUAUGAGGCAUGACUACAGAGCCCACGGUGAAACUUCAUUAUAUCCUCCAAACUGCCAUACAGAAUAAUGGUCUCCACAAUCUCUUCCGGGUGAAUUCUUAACCAAGUGCUGCGUGUCAGACUACAAACUUCUUAAAUAAAGAGCAGAAACCCAUUUAACUUCUUUGAAAAAAACUAUAAUUAAAUUAUUUCAUAUAUAGACCAUGAUGCAGGGAUUAAAUCUUUGCUUAACCAGUGCAUAGUAUCAUAGGGGAGCUGCUGACAAAUACAGUUGACAAGAUAAUAAUGACCUCAGGUAUAAAAAUUUGAUAAGACAAACAAAUACAUAAUACAAUUUUACCAGACUGUACAUUACUGUAAUAUAGUGUAUGACU